AGAACAAAACAUUAAAUUAUCGAUUUUUCUCUGUUCAUUUGACAACAUAGACAUGUCAAAAAAAUUAUAAAUAUUUGGUCGAUUAAUCAAUAUUUGAGACUACUAUAAAAAUCAAAAAACAUCUAGGAAUAUGGCAAACGAAGUUGAAGAUACCCUUAAACGUAUACAAUCCCAUAAAGGUGUUGUAGGAAUUAUUGUUGUUAAUUCAGAAGGUAUACCUAUUAAAACAACACUUGAUAAUACCACCACCGUUCAAUAUGCAGGCCUUAUAAGCUCACUCUCAGAUAAGGCUAGAAGUGUUGUGAGGGACUUGGACCCCUCAAAUGAUUUAACUUUUCUCCGAAUUAGGUCUAAAAAGCAUGAAAUAAUGGUGGCACCAGACAAAGAGUUCAUUUUAAUGGUUAUCCAAAAUCCAACAGAUUGAAGAUUGUUAAUAUUCAAUGGGAUGAUGUGCACUUAUAAUAUGAAUUAACACAUUUUAUUAUAAUUUAUUUCAAAUAGAUGCAGAAUUUUUGCUAAA